AUGUUUUUUUUUCAUAAGUAUAGUAUUUAAUAAUUGAUGAAUUAGACACAUUUUUAGACUCAGGAUACAAAGAAACAAUAGAAAAUUACAUAAAAAUGUUUUAAGAAAAAUAAAUCCGUAUUAUGGAAAGUUAAUUAAAAUAAGAAAUUCCUCGUCUAUUAUUUGUUAGUGCUACAUAUACAGGUCAAAUAAAAUAUCUUUUUUAAGAGCAUUUUGUUGAAGAUAAGAGUAUAAAAUUAAUAAUAGAUAAAAAUGUACACUAGAAUUUAUAAAAUAUUAGUCAUGAGUUUAUACACUGUAAAACUUUAGAUAAAAAAGAGGAAAUCUUAAAAUAAAUAAAAAAUAUUUAAUCAAAAAAACAAGAGUUUAGUCUUAUUUUUUGCAAUUCUAUAUAAUCUUGUAGAAGUUUAGAUUAUUUUUUACAAGAAAAUGCAAUUUAAUGUGUCAGUUUUCAUGGAGAAAUUCCCAAAAAAAUGA